AUGGCUAGUGAAGGUAUAUUGAGGCAUAUUCCCUCAGGCUAUAGUCCACCUCUGGACCAUGCAGCUUUUUCACUUCUGGCGUUGUCAGAACACUUCCGUACGAUGGAACCACCGAAAUAUAAAAUGGCUAUCAAGUGUGCAAGAGCAUGUUUCAAAACACCAAUGUCACGUGAAAUGAAUGCUUUCGCACAUUUGCAACUUGGCAAACUUUAUUUUUAUUAUACAGUCAACACUGAAUUAGCGAAAUUCAGCUUGGAGCAAGCGUAUCAUUAUUUGAAAGAGUUGAAUAUGGAUUUUGCUGAGCAACGAGUUGAAGCAGCAUGUUUGAUAGCUGAAUGUUAUUUGCAACUACGAAUUUAUGAACCUGUCAAACAAUUAUUACGACAAGAAUCGCAACAUUCGCGCACAUUUCCAAUUCUUCACGCACGUCUUCUCUUCUUGCUUGCGGAGAUUCAUCGAGCACUGAAUGAUUAUGGUAGUGCGUGUGAAAUAAUGGAUGCCGGUGUAACAAUAUUUCAGCAACUUGGUGAUGCACCCAUGGAAUGUUUCUUUCGUCUCUCUAAUGCAAUGAUAAUAUCCAUUGAUUUGAGUCGAGAAGAGGAAUUGAUGCGUAGUAUAACGAAGAUUGGCGAUGUUUUGUUGACGAUAAAUCAACAGCAUCCUUGUGCAGAUUAUAUAAAAGCAUUUUGCUGUACGGUGCAAAUAUGUUUCUUCAUUUCUGUUGGCAUGUUAAAAAGCACUAAAAGCUGCUUACGUCAUUUGCAAGCACUCGUGCAAACAAUGAAAUCAACAUAUGAUGAAACGCCUUCUGAAUGGCCACUAUUUGAUUGGAUGGGCAAGGAGACUUUAACGGCACUCACUUAUGUACUUACUGUCAUUCAAAGCAUUCAGAACUGUCAAAUUGAUCGAGCACAUAAAUAUCAUACGAUAGCACUACGUCAUAUAAGUGAAAUGCGACGUUUGAUGGCCAAACGGAAUUGGCCAGUUGUACGUCGUGGUGCAUUGGACGCAUUAACAACGUUUGAAAUUAUUUUACUCGAAAAUAUUGCGAAUGCGCAACUCAUACUUGCUAGACCACUUGAGGCGAUCAAUGUGUUGGGUUUCAUGAUUGAAAAAUUGCGUCAAAGUCCUCAUUUGUUUCCUCAUUUUGAAGCUCAAGCGCACACACUUAUGGGAAUGUACUGUUGGUUGAUACGUUUGCCCGAUGAUGCCGAAAGACAAUUUUUGGCUGCUCUAAAAGCCGCAAAAGAUACCGAAUUAUGGACGGUUGUUAAUUUGAGUUUAGCGAUUUUGUAUUUGAUGACAUGCCGAGAGAAUGAGUUUUAUGGUUUGUUUGAACGAAUCACUCCGAAUAAAUUGCAAUCGACAUCACCUCUUCUCAGGGCAUCUGCUCAUUUUGUUCACGCCUUGCAUUCAUUUCUACAUUCAAGACUUCAGGAAGCCAGGAGUCAUUUGACGGACAGUGUGACGAUUGUUCGUGAUGAAGGUGUUCCACGUAUACAAGCAUUAGCCACUUUGUUAUCGUCGAGAUUAAUUGGUAGUGAAGCAACUGAUAUGUUACUAGCUGCCAGCAAUUGGGCCGCGAAGAGUGCCGAUCAAUCGUUAUUCCUUUGGUCGAAUCACCUUAUUUAUGUAAAAACCGACGUUCAGCAUUCCUGUAGUAUAGGUGCUAACAGUGCUAACUCGAAUAAAUGGAUGUAUAAAUUUAUUAUUAUGGAUCAACUGAACGAAAUUGCAGAACUUCAACUACGUUGUGGGAAUGUGGAGCAGGCACAGGUAUUUAAAGCAAAAAUCGAACAACAACAAGAAAAUUUUUCCCGAGGUGUACACGAAGCAAUUAAUACUCAAGCGCAUUCCCUUGUUCAGGUAGGCAUCAUUCACUUCUAUUAG